UAGACAGAGCAAUGUCAAGCAGCGGCACCCAGAAAGUUCUCUUCUCUUCUUUUCCGGGGAUGGCAUGCAUCAACGUGCAGCUCGGCGCCGACCGGCAGGCGCUCCGCGGCGUGCCGGCGGGGGGUGCGCCGCCACCGAUGAGUCCCCGAGUCUCCUUCUCCAGCGACUUCGCGGUGGAGCCGCCGGCGGUGCAGCGCCUCCCACCGGCAGACCCGAACUUCGAGUUCGCGGCCGGCGGGGAGUCGGCGACUAUCGACGCCGACCAGCUGUUCUUCAAGGGCCGGCUGCUGCCGCUGAAGGACAGCGGGCAGAGGCCGCGGGGGGCCACCACGCUAAGGGAGGAGCUCAUCCGGUCGCCAGCCGGCAACGAGGAGUGGCACGGGAGGCCGUUGAGGGGCUCCCCCAUCAAGUGGAAGGAGCUCCUGGGGCUCAAGAAACCCCACUGCAGCUUCGUAGCCGUGCCUCUUCCGGCUCCGGCGCCGGCGAAGAAGAAGCAGAACGACAAGCCCGCGCAGGCCGCUUCAUGAGAGCACGAACGCCGCCGCUUCUUGUUCUUGUUCCUGUUCUUGUUCUUGAUGAAUGAUGGUGUGGUUCUUAAUUAGUGGAGCUGGGUGGUGCCUUGAUGAUUCGAAUGCAGACGACUCCUGUUUUUUUUGCGAGGAACUGGAGCUGACUAAUUGAAGAGCUUGUUCAGUGUUUGGUUGGAUUCAUCCAUCUGUCUACUGGCCAAGUAAUUAAUUGUACUUUUAAUUUCAAUCAGAUCCUCUGUGUUUUUCCUUUUUUGUCUUUGUUUCUUUCUCCUCCUCCUCCUCCUUUUUUUUUUCUUUGUUCAAGAUUUCUGUACAGAAUGUAAUUUGCGUAUGGGAAAUAGUUCAUCAGAUCUGUCAACUAAAUUCGAAGCAUUUAUGAA